UGAUGAAGAAGUACUUCACUAUCAGUGUCCUUGUUUCUCUUCUCUCCCUCACAGUGCGUCCAUGUGGCGCCGCGAGUAUUUCCAAUGGUCCAUCAGGUGAAGUUUGUCCGGGACAAGUUGUGAACAGCGAGAUGUUCAUCGGGGAACAUCGAGAUGUGAAGGUCGAGUUCGUUACUUGUCCCCAAACCAAACGAACCCUUGGUAACCGGGCUAUUGAACUGCGCCAAACUCCACCUACCAACGUUUGUGGUCAACAGUGUAACACCAAUUGCUUCACUCCCUCUGGCGGGGGGCCCGAUCCCAACGAAUGUCAUAUCAUCGCGGACGCGUUACGAUUUGAUAGCGAGAAUAUAGGAGCCAUCUUUCCUAUCGGAACAGGAACUAACAACACCAUUGUCAUGACCUUCAGGAGCUGCAAAACGUUCUUUGUUAACCAUGAUUUGGGAGACCUGGCUUAUUGCCGCACAGAUUGGGCCGAUGUUCUAGACUUCGUUGCGUUCAACUGCCAAGCCCCCCAGAACGCACAUGGCGGCAAUUGUGUCGCCGCCGAUCAGCGUUGGUUUAUCCAGGCACAACAUUCUUGAUUCCAACCG